AGUGUGUAAUAGAAGUGAUCAACAAUCUCUGAAAUAGCAAAGCAAUGAAUGCAAUAUAUCAAUAAAUAGUUUGUGAUAAUGGAUGUGCGGGUGCGAAAAGUGCAGUGAAAUAUUGGAAGUGCGUCUGGUGGUGGUUUUUACGAUGUGUUGGUUGCGUAAAGCUCUUACGAGCACGUAAAAAGUGAUAAACUGAUGCUAUUUUGACUUAUUUCUAUUAGAAUACAUGAUGCCUACGAUAGUCGGAGUUGCCGAAUUUGUAAAAGAAACUAAGGAUGAUUACCAUUCCCCAAUUACUUCAACAUUUGUGUCUAGAAUGCCACAAUUUAAAAAUACCAUUUCUCAAUUGGAAGAGACGCUGGAUUGCGAUCGAGAUGGGCUGACUAAAAUGAGGAAAGCAAUUAAGGCAAUCCACACAUCUGGAAACGCACAUGUCGAAAAUGAAUUUUCAUUGAGUAAAGCUUUGGAAAAACUGGGGAGUAAGGAUCGGGAGGAUGUGAUAGGAGAAGCUUUCGAUAAGUUUUCGGUGGUAACAAAUCAGUUGUCGCUUUUGAAGAAAACGUUAAUGCAAAAUUUGAAUAACAUCGUUAUGUUUCCUUUGGAUAAUUUAUUGAAGGGUGAUUUGAGGGGCAUAAAGGGGGAUUUGAAACGGCCGUUCGAUAAAGCAUCGAAGGAUUAUGACAGCAAAUAUGCCAAAAUAGAAAAAGAAAAGAAGCAACAAGCCAAAGAAGCGGGUCUAAUUAGAUCAGAAAUUACAGCAGCAGAAAUAGCCGACGAAAUGGAAAAAGAACGGAGAUUAUUUCAGCUGCAAAUGUGUGAAUAUCUAAUCAAAUAUAAUGAAAUUAAAACCAAGAAGGGUAUUGAUUUGCUCCAAAACUUAGUAGAAUAUUACCACGCUCAAAUCAAUUAUUUUCAAGACGGAUUAAAAACAAUCCAACACUUUGGAUUCUACGUAGCCGACCUUAGCGUAAAACUACAGAAAAUCAAGCAAGUGCAAGAUGACGAGAAAAGAAAAUUGACGGAUUUACGCAACUUAAUUAAAUCAACGCCAAGUAUCGAAAAGGAAGUGAGUUUACCGGCUGAUAAAGGCGCUGCCGGUUACUCGUUACACCAGCUCCAAGGAGACAAACACCACGGUGUGACAAGAAGCGGCCACCUACUUAAAAAAUCCGAAGGAAAAAUGAGGCGAGUCUGGCAAAAAAGAAAAUGUAGAGUGCAAGCCGAAGGUUAUUUAGAAAUCUGUCACGCUGAUGAAAGUAAACCACCCACUAAAGUAAAUUUGCUCACCUGCCAAAUAAAAGUUGUGCCUGACGAUAAACGCGGCUUUGAUUUAAUUUCAUACAACCGGACGUAUCAUUUCCAAGCGGAAGACGAAGCGGAUCAACACGCUUGGAUGUCGGUUUUAAUCAAUUGUAAAGAAAUGGCCCUAAUGAAGGCUUUCGAUAAUAGCGGAAAAACGGGGAGUGAUAAAGUCAACCAUAGUUUAAUUGAGUUGCAACAGGCGAUAAUACGGUAUAUACAGAAAAUUCCGGGGAAUGAUCGCUGUUGUGAUUGCAAUUCGCAAAAUGAUGCCACUUGGUUGUCGACCAAUUUCGGUAUUAUUGUCUGUAUCGAGUGCUCAGGUAUUCACAGGGAUUUGGGUGUACAUAUUUCCAGGAUUCAGUCUUUGACUCUUGAUAACGUUGGAACUAGUCAAUUGGUCCUCGCUAGGUUUAUGACAAAUCAUAGUUUUAAUGAUGUGAUGGAAGCUCAGUUGUCACCUAAUGAAAAACUCGAACCGUCCAGUUCUAUGGAAGAAAGACUUAAUUUUAUUAGGGCGAAAUACGUAGACAAACAAUUCGCUGACAAAACGUGUGACAAUGAAAUCAAAAAACUUUACUAUUUAGAAGAAGCGGUUAAUAACGGAGAUUUAGGUUUACUUCUACAGAUGUUUGCCGAAAAUGUUGAUUUUGGUGCUACUUUGCCCUCCUCAAAGAACGGCGAAACGGCGUUACAUCGAGCGAUUCUGAACGAGAAUGGAAGAACGUUACAUAUAGUUGAUUUUCUCAUUCAAAACAUGUCCAGUUCAGCGAUUGACAAAGCAACGAGUCCUCCCUCCGAUUUAGAAAAUUGUGGAUCCAACACUGCUCUGCAUUUAUGUGCCAUUUACGAUAAAGUAGAAUGUAUGAAGCUUCUAUUACGAAGUGGUGCUAACGCUAAUGUUAAGAAUUCACAAAACAAAACCCCGAUGGAUAUUGCUCAGGAGUUGGGCCAUCACACGUGUGAAGAUCUGCUCAUGAACACUGCAAAUAGGCAAAAGAACUUCUUCGAUAAUAUUAAUAUCGACUGGAAUUUAUCGCACGACGAUGGUUCGACCGAUUUUUCGGACGAUGAAACAAUAAUAGAGGAUAGGAAUGGUUCCUUAACACCAGAAAAGAAAAACCGUUCACGCCCACCUAGUUAUACAGGGGGCGAUUCGCCAGUAACUUUAAGGUCACGAUCGUCCACUUGUGACAGUUUACAGUUAGGAAGUAGUCCUAAUAGUAACAGUAGGCAAAUGCCACCACCACCACCCCCACAGGCUCGGAAACCUGAGUUUUUAGUCCAUUCGAGUUUAAAGAAGAGAGUGGCGCCUCUUCCACCGCCCCCAAAUUCAAUGCAGUUACAAUACGGAACAUUACCUAGUAGCCAUAGUCGAACACCAUCCGAUCCUAUAGCAGCAGGCUACCAUACCUUAAGUCAUACCCAUAAGCGUUCACCGAGCAGUGAUUCAAGCUCAGGUAGAUCUGUGAUACCUAUAGGAAAUAAACUAGUCAUAUCUUCAGAUUGUAAGAGCUCUGAUAAAUUGGGGAUAGUUCGAAGGCCACAAAAUCCUCCUCCACCAGCUCCAAACCCUUCGAAUCGUCUUUCAAACGGUCGUUCAACGGAAAGCAUUUCUUCGAUGGCAUCUGAUGUUGAUGUCCCAGGACAUAAUCCCGUACCACCACCAAGAAGGAGGAGGUACAAGUUACAUUUGGAAAGUUGUGCUGAAGAGAAUGAUGUUUCUAUCCCGGCAUCAGACUCUCCUCCUCAUAGAGUAUCAUCUAGUCCAAUCUCUACAGGAUCUCUUUGCUCUCCACGCUCAAUAAUCACUGGAAGAUUACCUUACACACCAAACGGAAGCAAUGGGUUGCGAAGGUGUAGAGCUUUAUACAACUGCAGUGCAGAUAACGAUGACGAAUUAUCGUUUAGUGAAGGAGAAAUUAUAAUUGUUAUAAAUGAACACACAGAUGAUGAGAAUUGGAUGGAAGGAAUGGUCGAGAAUGAACCUGAGAGAAAGGGAAUGUUCCCUGUAAGUUUUGUUCAUAGAUUACCCGACUAGUAGUUUUUUUAACGUUGAAAAAUCUGUUGAGUAUUAUUAAAAUUUAAAGAUUUUUAUCUAUCGGUUCAAAAACUAUUUGAAGCCAUAUUCGUCACGUAGAAAAUGACUAUAAAUUUUCUGCCAUACUUUCUGUAUUUAUUUUUUUAUCGUGAAAUUCGUAUUUAUUUAGCGACAUACAUGGUUCAGUGUAUAUAUAAUUUAUAAUUGUUGUGAGCCUGGAGAUGUUUUGUUCCUCAGAUUAUUAAAUUUGACUGAUGUACCUAUUUGUCGCUUGUUUACAUUACAUAAUAUAAAAGCAUGUUUGUGUAUAUAAAGUCAUAUUUUUCUAGAAAAAUUAAUUUAUACAAGUGAUCGCCUGUUAGAUUCUCAAACCAAAGAAAAGUCUAUCGUUCUUAUGCAGAUGUAGUAUUUAUAGCUAUGAUUAUAUAAUUGCCAGUGUACAUAAUAUAAGAUAAGUGUAUUUUAGGUAAAUGAAAUAUUUAUUUCGCACAAUAAUCUGGAAUGAUUUAUUUGUAUCACUUAUUAGGAACAUAUCGAAAUUUAUUUACAGUAUUGUUUGGGCACAAACAUGCUAUUAAACCGAUUUAAUGGCUUUUGAUGUACGUAAUAUAUUUCCUGUAACUAAUAUAAUUAGCCAGAAUGUAUUGUAGAUACGUCGAGUUUUAUUAAAUACUCAGUAUACAGUCAUUGAUUGUUCAAACAAAUGCGCCAAGUCUUCUUCUGAUUGUUCCCGUGGUGCCAUCUUGGUAAUGCGAUUCUGAAAAACGUAAUAAUUUAUUCAUAACAAUGUCAUUUUUGUUUGUAAUAGUAACAUGUAAACAUAACCUAGGAUAAGACUUCAUAGGUUAAGCAACCAGUGUUCACCAGAAGACUACAUGUCUCAAUAAAACAUUAGAUUAUU